GUUAACAAUCAAGAUGGUUGAUGCUGAAACCUUUUCUCGUUUCUUGAGUCAGAAUGAAGUUGUUGGUUUAAUUUUCCGUUUGACAAUAUUUGGUGCAGUAACAUACUUUACAAUUAAAUGGAUUGUAGUUGCAAUUGAUCCAACCAGAAAGCAAAAAGUACAAGCCCAGAAACAGGCAGAAGAAUUAAUGAAACAAAUUGGUGUGAAAAAUGUGAAGCUUUCAGAAUAUGAAAUGAGUAUUGCUGCUCAUCUAGUAGACCCUGUUAACAUGCAUGCUACUUGGAGUGAUAGCACAGGUUUGGAUGAUGUCAUUACAGAUCUGAAAGAUACAGUCAUCUCACCUAUCAAAAAGAACCAUUUGUUUGAAAAUUCCAGGCUUCUACAGCCUCAAAAAGAUAUGCUUCUCUAUGGGCCUCCAGGCUGUGGUAAAACGUUGAUUGCCAAGGCCACAGCCAAAGAAGCAGGCUGUUGAUUUAUUAACCUUCAGCCUUCAACACUGACGGAUAAGUGGUAUAGAGAAUCUCAGAAACUGGCUGCUGCUGUUUUCUCCCUUGCCAUAAAACUACAGCCUUCCACCAUCUUUAUAGAUGAAAUAGACUCCUUUCUACGAAACCGUUCCAGUUCUGACCAUGAAGCUACAACCAUGAUGAAAGCUCAGUUUAUGAGUCUCCGGGAUGGAUUGGAUACUGAUCAUAGCUGCCAGGUCAUAGUGAUGGGAGCUACUUAUCGUCCUCAGGAUGUGGAUUCAGCUAUAAUGAGGAGAAUGCCCACAAGAUUCCAUAUCAACCAGUCUGCUCUGAAACAAAGAGAAGCAAUCCUGAAACUCAUCUUGAAAAAUGAAAAUGUGGAUAGGCAUGUGGACCUGCUAGAAGUUGCCCAGGAAACUGAUGGCUUUUCAGGCAGUGACCUAAAAGAAAUGUGUCGAGAUGCUGCCCUCCUCUGUGUCAGAGAAUAUGUUAAUUCUACAUCGGAAGAAAUCCAUGAUGAAGAUGAAGUUCGACCUGUGCAACAACAGGACCUGCAUUUGGCAACUGAAGAGAUGAAGAAGUCAAAGGUUGCAGCAUUUCAGAAUGUUUUAACGCACGUUUGUUUAGAUUAA